AUGGAUUCUUUUAAUCAGGCCGUUUGGCUUGAGGACAUUUCACGAAAUGCCAAAACACGAAAUCUCGACCUGGGAUUGCCGGAAACUCUUCAGAUCGAGCUAAAGCGCAGCGGGCAUCAAGAUCUGACAUUGAAUAUCGUGGAAAACAAGCGACUGAAUCAAAACGCUCCGGUUUACGAGGUUCACACACAAAAUGGUCAGAAUAAACUUGUCAAGAAAGACACAGCGCCCAUAACUUUCUACCACGACCAUGCGAAUGGUGGUUCAUUCAUGGUUGAAUGCUCCAAGAGAUUCAGGGGCGAGUGCCUAAGAACACUGACCGGUAGCGUGGAGAUUGACGAUGAAACCUUUGAAAUCAAACCGAUGCCGGAAAGGUUAGUGUCAAGGGCACUGGUCGUCAACAACCUCAAUCCCCAUUUGCUUUCCAGGGUGAUAGAUCGCAAUGGAAAAGGGACUCCUAGCGUUAUUGCUAGACGUGGCCAAAGUAGAAAAGAUUUGGAAAACAGCCUUUCCAAAGAGCUACGACGACUCCUAAUGAAAAGCAAGUUGGACGCAUUCACAAUAAAGAAAAAGAAACUAAACAUAUAUCGUGAGAAGAGACAAUCAACCAAGACGACAUAUGCCCUGGAAGUCCUGGUCGGAGCCGACCCUUCCAUCUGGAAAAAGUACCACGCAACUGCUGUUGCCACAGCCACUAUGACUAAGGAUGAGGCAACUGAGUUGUUCAUUCGUAAACGUUUCUCCCACAUCGUAAACGGGCCCCUGUGCAGUCCACAGCAGCAAAUCAAGGACGGCACGGUCCACCUCCCCCGAUUGUACGACAUCUACACACUUGAAGGUUCAACGAGAUCGUACGCCGUUUUAGGGAUAUCCAAUAUGAACGGCGUGUGUACGGACAAUCGUGUGUCUAUUAACGAGGAUGAAGACUACUACACUACAACAAGCGUCGCUGCGCACGAAUUGGGACACAACCUCGGUGCACACCACGACGGCGAAAAGGAUGAUGCCACCGCUUCCGCUUGUCCGCCCGCCGAUAAGUUCAUCAUGGUCCCAGCUGUAUCCUCAUUCAGCCCCGGCGUUGCGUACACGGUGAACCCCUGGCGCUUCUCGACAUGCUCCGUAAAACAGUUCAAGAAUUACAUCCAGUCGCUGGCCGCCACGGACGAGUACAAACUCCACUCGAGCAAGCUGCCCGGAGAGCUGUACUCGCCAACACAACAAUGCCAGCUUGAAUAUGGGCAAGAGUCAAAUUUUGGAUGCGACCAGUCUGGCCAUCGCUACGGUCACCAUGACAAUUCUUAUUCGGACCUCAGCAGUAUUGGUACACUCCUUGGCAGGGUUACGCCCAAGUACUUGAAGCUGGUCACUACUUCUAGCAUCUCGCCGUUCAUGGUGAUGUCUGCACUAGUGUUGCUCAUGCUGUUCAAAAUAAUCUUCGACUUCUCAGUGCUGACCUCCAUCCCGUAUGAAUUCGCUCUUUGA